UUCCCUGAUCUCUAAUGAAGUUGAAUACCAGAAUUAAAAUCUAGUUACCUAUGGAAUGAGAGAAAUUAAUUUCUCACUUUUUUUUUCGUGAUGAAGUGCUGCAUUAUUAAUGAGACAGCACUGCAACUAUUGCCAAGUCUCUUGAAGCCAGCAAGUACUUUCCAAACAAAUACACAGGGAGACUCCAUAGCAACCAGCGGGCCACCGGCCUCGAGCUGAGUGGUUAUUGUGAGAUGCUGUAGGCUUUGAGACGGCCUGAACUAUGUUGUGUUUCACUGUCACUUUUGUGCACAUCGCUAUUGCGAGCUAAGUCAGGCUUUUUGGCUACCAAGGCACAUCUGCCACAGGUGCCUGUUACAGCAGAAAUGUCCAGUGGUGCCACAGAAACUGCAGAAGUUUUUUCCCAAGUGCAGCAACAGCUCCCUGCCGCGGCCGUUCAGCCCCUUUUCCCGCCUGUGCUCGGUAAACCCCGGUCACCCCGGGGCCGUUCCCGGGGCCGGGACAGCGCUCGGUCUCGCCCCGCCGCACGGGGGCGCCCUGCUCAGGGGCUGGGCGGGGCGGGGAGCGCCCGCUCCUCCCUCAUGGCGGGGCCGCCUCAGGCGCUGCUGGUUCCUCCCUCCGCUUCCCUCCCGUUUGCCGUGAUAUCCCGCUGCUUUCCGCCUGUCUCGUGUGCCGGUGCCGCAUCCGCCGGUGCCGGGAUCCCUGGUGCCCCCAGCGGGGCGGGGGCGGCUGUCGCGGCCCCCUCACGGCGGGGCUGUGGAGCAGCGUCGUUUAAUAAACAACACUGCAGAGCAGAAAGUGCAUUUGAACUGCAGGCUUGGAGCUACAGUGAAAUGGAGAAAUUCAGGGGAAGUUCAAAAUCCCUGAUGAUGGAUGAAAUCCAGCCAGCACCUGAGCAUCAAAUUCAUGCAGCUGGACAAUCUGGUGCUCCCCAGUCUGCAACACAUGAAUUUCAGGACAGAGAUCAUGACAAACCAGGUCAAGAUGGGUAUACCCAGAGUCAAAGAAGAAUGUUAAAAGAAUUCCAAAGCAGAUACCUAGCAAGGAAGUUUUUCUAUCUCUGGGCAAAAAUAACAUUUGGACAAGUUCUCCCUUCCAAAGCCAGAUGUUUGUAUGAUCAGAAGAUUCUUCAGAAAGCUUUUGGAGAGUGGAAGGAGCAGUGGGCAGUUUGCAGAGACAAGAAGCUCAGCCUCAGAGCAGACCACCAUUACAGGCAUUUACUCCUUAAUUUGAUAUUCAAGGCUUGGAGAGCCUAUGUAUGCCAACAGCAAGGCAAGAGGAACAAGUUUUAUGUUGCAGAGUCUCAUGCAAAGAGGCAAACUCUGCUCAGGACCUGGCAGCACUGGCUGGUUUAUGUUGAUGUUCAAAGGACAAAACAUGGGAUGCAGUCUGUGGCACUGGCAUUCAGGAAAAGGAGCUGUUUGAGCAUUUCAUGGGCAGUUUGGAGAAGACAACACUACCAGAAAUGCUCUGGACAUAAAAUGAAUAUUUUGGCUCUGCAGCAUUGGGCCCAGAGCCUGCAGUUUCGAGCUUGGCUGCAGUGGCGAGAGCUCUAUUUACACACCCAGAAUGAAAAGCAGAAGGACACCAGGGCAGUAACUCACCAUCAGCUCUGGGAGCUGAGGAGAUGCAUGGGAGCAUGGCUGGGAUACCUGAACCUCCACAGAGUAAAGAAACGCCAGAAUGAGCUGGCCCAGGAGUUCCACAGGAGCAGGAGGCUCCGGAGGUGCUUCUCCGAUUGGCAGCUGGCAUGGGAGUGCAGGAGGAGAAUGCGUGCUCAUGGAAGGGAGCUGGAAAAACAAGCAGCAAGGAUUGCCUUAUGGAGAGCCUUUGCACACUGGAAGCAUUAUGUUGUGCUGUGUGUGGAAGAGGCUCAGCAGUGUGAGCUGGCUGAAAAGCACUACAAGUGUCACCUGUUGGAACUUGGCCUUAAGGGUCUUCGGCAGAAUGUCCUGGACACUCGUCUUCAGCGGAUGAGAGCAAACCUGUCAUCCUGCCAGCAUCGAGUCACAGUGCUGCAGAAGUAUUGGAACCGUUGGAAGUCCCGUUUGGAAGAGAAGGAGGAAGAACAGCAGCAGGCUUUAACAGCAGUGGCUCAUGCUCGUUACAGGAGGGUGUUGAUGAGACAGGUAUUUGACACAUGGCUGCUGAAGACCUGCAAGCUGCAAGGAUAUCGAAUGGGAGAGAAGAAGGCCGUGCUCCAUUUCCAGAGGCGGCUCUUGCGCUGCUCCUGGUCCUGCUGGCGGGGAGGAGCGGCUGCACGGCUGGAGGAGCAGGAGGGCUUGGCUCGAGCAGGACAGCACUACAGUAACCAGCUGCUGCUAAAGGCCUUCUGUCUGUGGAAACAGAAGACCCAGGAGAGAGAAACAGAGAGGCUUAAGGAGACAAAAGCAUUAAGAUUUCACUGUUCAAAGUGUCUGCAGCAGACUUGGAACAAGUGGAGAGAGUAUGUGGAACAUCAGCGUGAGAAAUGGAGGAAGCUGGUGCAAGCAGACCUGCAUUAUCAACAUGUAUUGCUGGGCAAGACCUUGGCAGCUUGGAAGAUUUACCAAGAAAACAUGAAGUGCAUUCUGUACCAAGUAGCUGAGAAGGAGGAGCAGCACACUCGGCUGCUGCUGCGAGAGGUGCUGUGUACAUGGAGAGAGAAUGCUCUUGCUCUUAUACAUGAAUCUGAGGCAACUGCUCGGGCAGAUGAGCACCACAGGAGAGCAGUGCUGUCAAAGGUGCUGCUGCAGUGGAGAGACACUGCCUGGCUUCGAGCCUGUCACCGUCACCUGAAGGUGACAGCUGUGCUGGAGGCCAGAAAACAGUUGGAUUUAGUGCGUUUACAGAGCCUGUUCCUGCACUGGAAGGAGUCAAUGAGGGAGUCUCUGAUGCUGAGGGCUCAGCACCACAGGGCAGCCCAGCACCACCAGCAGCACCUGCUCCAGAAGUACCUGGUGAAAUGGAAACAUUAUCAUCAGCAGUGCCUUGGAAAAAAGCUGCUGCAGAGAAGGGGAGAUGAACUAAUGACUCACAGACUCUGCUCUGCUUCCUUCUCUCGCUGGAAAACUCAGCUGUUGCAGCAGCAAUGGGAAAGGCAGAAGACAGUGCAAGCAUUGUGGCACUGGUCCCUUUCAGUGCAGAGAAAGGUGUUUGAUGCUUGGCUCAGGUUUGCCAAGGAGCAGCAGGAGAAGAAAGAUGGCACUGAAAAAGUCACAGUUCACCACCCAGCUCCUUUGAGAGAAGGUGUAACCUGUGCCUUGAGAAACACUGCUGGCAUCAAACAGCUGCAGGGACAGCUCCAUACCCAGCCCCAGCUGGAGAAGCAAGUGCCAUUUAAAAGGCCUGAUGUUAGUCCAGAGACAAGAGGACAUUCAUCAGAGGAAGAGCCGUGGCCUUCAAAAUGCAGACAUCUACCACUUCUCCCUGCUGAGGGGGGCUCAGUGCUCCGUGGCCUAAAUGCCAUUCAACGAGCCAGGUUGCCACCACGGAAGCCUGACUUCCCUCUGGAAUCUCUAGAAAGCAAGGAACUGCUGGGACCUCCUUUUACUAGGUCAGAGGUGCCCUUUCAGCAAACAUCUGUGAAUAAAUGUCCUGCACAGACUGGGAACUUAAUGCUGAUACCUCACUUGGAAGAAAGUACCUGUAAAUGUCUGUCUCAGAUGGACAGUGCUGCUCAUCCCCAUCCCUCUCUCACUGGAGCUUCUCUCCCCACAUGGACACAGGACAUGCACAGAGCUGGGCAGGGGCCAGAGCUGUGCUCUCCUGCAUCUUUCAGGUCCCACAUGAGAGCUGGCUCAGAAGAGAGAGGAGGGCAGCCUGCCAAUGGUCACAAAGGAGCCCAUUCCCAAGACUCUCAACAGAAUUCUGUGGAGAAGAAGUUGCCACCAAAUUUGCAGCCACAUUUGCUGUCAUCUGAAGGCUUGGUGGGAAAGGGGAGUCACCAGACUGCAGCUGAAGGGGAGAAGAGGGAGCACAGUUCCAGAGGAGAAAUGAUGUUGGAGAGAAAGGUGGAAGUUGAACUCUGGCAUAUCCAGCAGCAGAUGCAGUACUACUACAGCAGGAAGCAGGAACUCAAGUGCUGUCAGCAGCAGGCACAGAUUCUGCAGCAGUGGCUGGAAAUGAGCACGCAAGCAGGAGCCCAAGAUGGUGUGCAAGGAGUUCAGGAAGAACUGGGUCAGUUGCAGGUGAGGAUCAGCACUCUCACCAAAGCACAGCUGGCCGAGAGACAGCACGUGCAGGCCCUGCUUGCCCGCCUGCGAGACAUCCAGCUGGCCCUGGGCCUGUAGGAUCCACCAGCUGCCCAGCUCAGGGCAGAAAGAUGCCUGCUAUGAUCCUGCUCACCUGGUCAAAGUAGAUGCGGAUGGAGCCCACGUUUGUUGCUCCUACAGCUGUUAGUGAGAAGAAGCCAUGUUUCCAGUCACCUGUAAGGACCACCCGUUCAUUGUGGCAGAACAGCUCCUUGAUCCAGCGAGCUACUCCAGGAUUGACAGACAUCAGAGAGCCUGAAGAAAUGAGGAAAUAUUCAGGUUAGGUUGUCUGGUUUGUGGUGAUAUUGUAAUGCCACUCAGAUGGUGUUUUCAGUGUAACUGGAGCUGAUCCAGUAAACAGCUCUGUCAGUUAUUUGUAGGAAGAGAGGCAAGUGCCAGGCAGAGCAAAUGAAAGAGAAGUCUGUGCUGAAAACAAAGGGGUCACAGGAGGAUGUGUGUGGUGGGUCAGUCUCUCUCUCAUGGUGUUUGAAACCAAAUCCAAAUACUUAGGGUUUUGCUAGAUACCAAGAAGUAAAAUAUUUUUAUCUGCAAGAACAUCUGAUCCCAGCUCCAGGAGUGUAACUGUUCAGUUGCAUUUUCUUUGCCAAGCACAAGCAAAGAUCAUCCUUUAGGCUACUGUUUGGUGUGAGCUGCAGAACUAUCUACAUUUCAGGUGCAAACUGAAUAAACAGUGUUUGGGAACAAAUCA